CGUCGGUUCCUGCCAUUAAGUUGGUGGGUCCAUGUCAAAUCUGCGGGCAGUUUGCGGCGAGUUUAUUUGAAAUCCCUUUAACCUGACUAGACCAGUCCACAUCGCUCCGGCGCAAAAUACUGAAUUCAGAUUACCUCCAUUGAUAUUUGCAAGAUUUGGUCCGCUCCCAUCGGGCCCAGGGAUAUGUGUUUCUCCCGAUCAGGAAGAAAAGGAGGCGAAAUGAAUACCGAGUAGGUAGGUACCUACGCUUGCGACGGAGGGAGGUGCAAUAAAAGUGGCACCAUUUCGCUCAAGCAUCCGGGACAUACCUUGUCCGCGUUAGCUCCCAUGCAAUGGCAUCACCAUUCGAUCACGUAUAAUUUUCCAUGAUGCGCUUCUGGUGUUUGUCGCCCAUCUUCCCAAACUUUUUAUUCACACCCACUCAAUCUACAAAGUAUAUCUCCAACACUUUAAAUAUAGUUGAUUAGGUACCUAUUCAAAAACACAAACACACCCCACUCACAUUACCACAAACAAGCACAACAGAAUAAAGAUAUGGCCGAAGAAAAGAAGACAAUGCGGGCUUGGCAGCUCAGCGGCCCUGGGGACGUGGCCAAGACCCUCCAGCUCAACGAUGCCGCUCCUUACCCUUCACAGCCACUGAAGAAGGGCCAAGUGCUCACUCAAGUCAAGGCCGCGUCCAUUAACCCGGCCGACUACAAGUUCCCCGCCGUCCCUGUCGUCGGCCGAUUAAUGGUCAGUGCCGGCAAGAUCCCCGGCAUGGACUGCGCCGGUGUUGUAGUCAAGGCAGGUCCCGAUUCCGCCUACAAGGUAGGCGACCGGGUCUUGGGCCGCGUCGAUCCCCGUGGUAGCCAGGGUACGCUGGCCGAGUACACGAUUCUGGAACACGAAGGCAGUGCCAAGAUUGCCGACAACGUCACGUUUGAGGAGGCAGCCGGCGCAAACACUGCCGCCUUGACGGGUCUGCAACCCAUUGCCGCCAACAUCAAGGAGGGCUCCGACGCCAAGGUUUUUAUCAAUGGAGGCGCCGGCGGGACGGGCACUUAUGCGAUCCAGAUUGCCAAGCAGCUCGGCUGCCACGUUACAGCUACGUGCUCCACGGCCAAAGCCCAGUUUUGCAAGGACCUGGGUGCCGACGAGAUCAUCGACUACAAGACGUCUGACGUGGUUGCGGAGCUCAAGAAGAAGGGACAGGUUUUUGACCUUGCCGUCGACCUCGUCGGCUUUUCGCCUGGAAACUUGUACACUGGCUCGCCCGACUAUCUCAGGCCCGAGGCCAAAUAUAUCGCGGUAGGCGGUGCUGCGAACUCGGCUGUCGUCACGAGCAUGGUCAAGGGUUUGAUGCUGCCAGGGUUUUUGGGCGGCGGCAAGCGCAAGAUGGAGUUUUACAUGACGUCCAACAACCACAAUGAUUUGUCGCGGGUAUCGGAAUGGCUGGCCAAUGGCAAGAUCAAGACGGUCACUCACAAGACGUUUCCCUUUGAGCAAGUCAAGGAGGCGUUUGCGGAGCUGAAGACGGGAAGGGCGGCCGGCAAGAUCAUAAUUACUUUGUGAUGGCGGGCAGUGUGUGGAGUGCGUUUUAAUACCAAAUUUCUCGACUGUUGGAAUGUCAUGAAUACCUACCUGUGUAUAAUUAAAUCAUAAUAUGUGUUGCAGUGUCACACUUGCAUCGCCACCCA